AUAAAGUGAGAAACAAAGAAAGUGUUGAUGACAGUUACGUUGUGAUUGAGGAAACUAGUGUCGCAGAGGAGGAGGAAGCAGUUGCUAUUCAACAUACCUUGUAUAAAUGUGAACUUUGUGAAAAAGUCUUCAAUCUACUUGAGGAACUCAACGAACAUGUGCAAACGGAUCACUCCAAGUCCAUGGUGGCCGAUAUAAACAUCGAAGUAAUUCCUGACGAAGAAGGCAAUGGCAUUGACAACAGCACCGUCAUUACACUUGAACAUGAACAGGCAGCGCAGCUGUUUAAUCACCUACAGUUACAAAUGGGGGAAGGACAAGAGCUGGUCAAUGUAAUCAUUCCUAUAACUAAGUGAUAUAUCAUAAUUAUCCACAAUUAAUUCCCUGCCAGCAAACAAGCUUAAAGGCUACCCUUCACCUUAAAAAAUCAGCUAAAAGUAGUUCACAAAUUAAAUAAGCCUUCCUCAUACUUAAACAACAUUUACAGUAGGGGAGGGGCCGGACAUAUUUGGUGAUCAAUACAGUUUUUUUUUGUUCCUGGGAAUACACCAUUAUUUUUUUGGAUAAAAACAUUUCUUGAUAUAUGAUUAAAAAGAACAGUAAGUUUCAAUAUAUACAUGUACAUCCUAAAUCGAUCUGGCGAUCUUUAUAUAAGCCCAUGCCUGGCUAUAAUAAGUCCACCGAAUUAAAGAUCUAUUGCCUGAGAUUUUAUUAAUGUCCUCUACUUCGAGGAAAAGGGUCCAAUGGUAAAUUAAAGUAAAAAAUAUAGUUGUUGAUUUAACAUUGAACCAGACAACAACAUGACAUAUGUGAAUAUAUAAAGAUAGAUGAUAUUGAAUUGAUGAUCACAAGUUACUGCUCAAAGUGAAAUUUUACCUUUGCAAGUGUUUUUUUUUUCCAUCUUUGAACACAAUUUGGGAACCUUCGUAAAUCAAUGUAUAAUGUUUGUACAUGUAAUUAAAAUCAUUUGAUUAACUUCAAGUUUGAUACAAGACUAUUCAGAAAUAACUCUAGGCCAGAAACAACUAUGUACAUCAACUAUGUACAUUUGUAUAUAAUUAGCUAGCUAGGUACAAUGUAGAAUAUACUCCUUGUUGGAAAAAAAUGGAACUCUAAUCAUUUUCCUACUUGAUACUAGUCUUGUAUUGUGGUACAGUUUAAAAAUAACUUGUCAAGGCAAAUCAGGUCUUGGUACCUGAGGUGAUUGAUAUCCCCUGGAUAAAUUGUAUGCAUGUAAUAUAAUAAUUUUGAAUUGUAGUCGUGAGUUGUAAAUUCUGGUUCAAAAGUUUUGUUUGUUUGUGCUGUGUGUAUGUAUAUACCUUUGUUUACACACAAGUUGAAGUUGAAUGAGAAAAGUAUUUGUUAAAAUUUUUAGUGUUACUGGGUAUUCUUACAUGUAUUAAUUUAAGGAUAUGUACAUCCUUAAUUCAUUACAGGAUAUGUACAGCCUUAAUUCAUUACAGGAUAUGUACAGCCUUAAUUACAGGAUAUGUACAGCCUUAAUUACAGGAUAUGUACAUCCUUAAUUCAUUACAGGAUAUGUACAUCCUUAAUUCAUUACAGGAUAUGUACAGCCUUAAUUACAGGAUACGUACAGCCUUAAUUACAGGAUAUGUACAGCCUUAAUUCAUUACAGGAUAUGUACAGCCUUAAUUACAGGAUAUGUACAGCCUUAAUUACAGGAUAUGUACAGCCUUAAUUCAUUACAGGAUAUGUACAGCCUUAAUUACAGGAUAUGUACAGCCUUAAUUCGUUACAGGAUAUGUACAGCCUUAAUUACAGGAUAUGUACAGCCUUAAUUACAGGAUAUGUACGGCCUUAAUUACAGGAUAUGUACAGCCUUAAUUACAGGAUAUGUACAGCCUUAAUUACAGGAUAUGUACAGCCUUAAUUCAUUACAGGAUAUGUACAGCCUUAAUUACAGGAUAUGUACAGCCUUAAUUACAGGGUAUGUACAGCCUUAAUUACAGGAUAUGUACAGCCUUAUUUACAGGAUAUGUACAGCCUUAAUUCAUUACAGGAUAUGUACAGCCUUAAUUAAUUACAGGAUAUGUACAUCCUUAAUUACAGGAUAUGUACAUCCUUAAUUACAGGAUAUGUACAUCCUUAAUUCAUUACAGGAUAUGUACAGUCUUAAUUACAGGAUAUGUACAUCCUUAAUUACAGGAUAUGUACAGCCUUAAUUACAGGAUAUGUACAGCCUUAAUUCGUUACAGGAUAUGUACAGCCUUAAUUCGUUACAGGAUAUGUACAGCCUUAAUUACAGGAUAUGUACAGCCUUAAUUACAGGAUAUGUACAUCCUUAAUUCAUUACAGGAUAUGUACAUCCUUAAUUACAGGAUAUGUACAUCCUUAAUUACAGGAUAUGUACAUCCUUAAUUCAUUACAGGAUAUGUACAGCCUUAAUUACAGGAUAUGUACAGCCUUAAUUCAUUACAGGAUACGUACAGCCUUAAUUCAUUACAGGAUAUGUACAUCCUUAAUUCAUUACAGGAUAUGUACAGCCUUAGUUACAGGAUAUGUACAUCCUUAAUUCAUUACAGGAUAUGUACAGCCUUUAUUACAGGAUAUGUACAGCCUUAAUUCAUUACAGGAUACGUACAGCCUUAAUUCAUUACAGGAUAUGUACAUCCUUAAUUCAUUACAGGAUAUGUACAGCCUUAAUUACAGGAUAUGUACAGCCUUAAUUACAGGAUAUGUACAGCCUUAAUUCAUUACAGGAUAUGUACAGCCUUAAUUCAUUACAGGAUAUGUACAACCUUAAUUCAUUACAGGAUAUGUACAGUCUUAAUUCAUUACAGGAUAUGUACAUCCUUAAUUCAUUACAGGAUAUGUACAGCCUUAAUUACAGGAUAUGUACAGCCUUGACAUAUUGUUCAGAACCCUACUUACAUUGUUCAUCCAAGGUAUUGACUUAACUGAGCUAGCUACAUUGAGAUGUACCUCUUGGUGAUUUUUAGUUGGCCAGUGUUGUUUAAUAAGUAAUGUGUAUAUAUAUGUUAAAUUUUUGAAGUUAGCCUCACUGUUUAUCUUGCCAAUAAAGCCCCAAAGUACGAUAGAAAUAAUACAGUGAACUUAAAUAUUAUAACAGUACACAAUUUCUCAGACUACUAUUGUAAAGUGUGUUCGAUCAUUAAUUCGUUAUUGUAAAGAAUACAAAAUCUGUCUUAGAUUGUUUUAUCCUGAAAAGGUCAUGAUUCCAAUAAUUCAGGAGGAAAUUCAGUAAGUAGUUUAUAAGUUAUUAUUAUCAUAUAUGAUACGAUAUACAUGUAUAUGAUUUGAUAACUUAAUAUAGAUUACUUAGUUUCCAAAAAAAGUUCCUGUGGAGUUUGGAUUUUUUUUUCAUGACCAGCUACAGGUCACUGAUGGGAAGCGUUGACAAUUACAGGUGGGAAGUGUAAGAUAGUGACAUAUUUCAAAUAUAACGCCUGGCCACAAAUAAGUUUCCUUCAUUUUUGCAGAAGUAUCAAUUUUCAGCUAAAAAAGGAUUUCCCCCCAUAUUUUAGGUAUAAAUAUAAACCCAACACCGCCUAUACGAAUACUCCGGUUAUUUGCAUAUUUUGUCAUGGAAAAAGGGCUAUGCAAAUAAGUGGGUUGCUCUAUCUGUAUACCACCAAGUCUGACAUGGUCAAUGGUAUAAUUACUAAAAUGUUUUAUAUAAUUAGGUAAAUGAAAAGAAGUUUUUAACAUUGUUUAAAUUUUAAUUUGAAAGUUGGUUUAUAUAGAAUUAUGUUCAAGCAUAGUUCUGAGUGAUUGUUGAAGCUUUUGUUUUGGAAAUAUGAUUAUUCUUGUACAGUAUACAUGUAUGUUUUCACAGAUCUUGGGUUUAAUUAUUUACACAGAUUUGUGCUUCAAGUUUAAAUCAUAGAUAAUUAACCUUAUGCAUCAUUACAUGUUUCCUGUAAAAUUCUCAUUGAGAAAUAAUAUUUUGUGAUUUGACCUCAUGACCAUGUAGUCCACAGGGAUUUGACACGUUGUUAUGACCCAGAAUGAAAUAUUAAUCCCAGAGUCCAACCCCCUGAUCACUUAUACAUGUAUAUCAUAUGUGAUCAGGGAGUCAGGUUAUAGUCCACAGGGGCCUGACAUGAUCCUAUGACCCAGAAUGAAAUAUUUUAUCUCUGAGUUUCGAACCACUGAUCUAGAUCUCUUAUAAUAUAUACAGGUAAUUAUAUACAUAGGGUCUAGUAAGUAAUAACGACGGUAUAUAAACCAAUAUAGGUACUGGAUCCUAACAAACAAAUGUUGAAUGCGUAUUACUAGAAAUAGAUAAUUGUCAAGUAGUAAUAACGACAGUACAGACAAGUAAAUUGUCAAAUUUUCGAGGCAAUCUGCCCCUUUAUCAAGACACAGGUAAAUUACAUGCGAUCACAUAUAGACAUAGAACAUGGAACAGUUACACAAAUAUAGUAGGUAUAAACAACAAUAAAUAUCGUAAUGUUGUAAAAACGAUCCCCCUCGGUCGAUAAUUAAUACGCCGAGGGCCUAUUAUGAUAUGUAAGUGAUCAGAUGUUCAGACUCCACAUGUAUUGGAUAGAAUAUUUCAUGGUAGGUCAUUGGAAUGUAUCAAACCCCUGUGAUGUAAUUAAGUAUCAGCUCUGGGAUGUAAGGUUUAUGAUGUUGUCAAGGAGAAAUGAAUACAUGUAGUUGUGUUAAGAUUUUCUGAAGAGGUCAUAAAGGGAACAAGGCAUAUGUAUACAUGAACAUUGAUGAUACCAUAUAUGGUAUUGUCCAUUGAUUAUACCAUAUAUGGUAUUGUCGGAUGUCAGUAAAUGUAGAUAUUUAUUAACCCUCCGGUUAUUAUGCUAACCUUCACAUUGCAUCUGUUAAUAUCAUAGUUUUGUGGUUAUAAAUACAUAUACACCUCAGCUAAAGACAUUAAUUGUAAAGCCACUUAAUGAAUGCCAGGCCUUUAUUUGAAAUAAAACAAAAUUCCCUACAAAGCUG